GAUCUAGCUGCCAAAAUAGACCAGGCAACUGAAGCUGGGGAACAGUUUGCCAAGCUGUAUUAUGAAACCUAUGAUAAAAAAAGACAUGAAUUACUGACCAAAAGCUAAAUCUUGUCGCCAAUACAUCUGUAAUAACACAGCGGCAUGAUGGUAGAAUCUCCGGAUAUCGUAAGGAAAUUUUAUAUGGCAGCAGUAAAGAGGGACCUGUCUAAAAUAGAAGACUGUGUUCUUAUUGAUGGUUUGGAUGUCAAUUACAUAUUCACUGAGCCUUACAUUCCAUCACAUCAUGUAGGGGGCACAGCAUUACACAUUACUGCUGAAAAGGGGCACACUGACCUUAUAGAGGGAAUGCUUAUGUUAGGGGCCAAUCUUUGUCUCGAAAACAAAUCUGGUGAUUCUGCCAUGCAUAUCGCCUGUAAACAUGGAAACAGUCAAGCUGUCCUCAGCUUCUUAAAUAAUAAUCACUUUUCCAAAAAUCUCCAAAACAACCACGGCAUUACUCCUUUGAUGAGAGCAAUUUUUCGCUAUGAGACGGCAUUUAAAGGGAGAUAUUUGAAGAUUGUUAAAUCUUUGAUAGAAUAUGGGUGUGAUGUAAAUCUCUUUCCUGAGCAUUCUAAAACCACUCCUCUCCACAUGGCUGCCGAGAAGUGGGACCCUGCUUUAUGUGAACUUCUGAUAAGUGCUGGAGCUCAGGUGAAUGCUAAAGACUCCAAAGGCUGUACACCACUUUUUACUGCAGUAGCUCGUAUGAAGAUAAGUUCAGAGGUUGUGAAAGUUCUCGUUAAGGCUGGUACACAAGUCAAUGAAAUAAAUGCCAAUGGAAGAAGUCCCUUGCACAUCACAGUAUCAAAGAAUGAUGAUCUGAGUGUUGUACAUCUUCUGGAAGGAAGAGCUAAUCCAAAUGUAGCUGACAAUGCAGGCUUGACUCCUCUUGUUAUUGCAGUUCAUGAAAACAAUACCAAGAUUGUUUCCCAACUGCUCUCCUAUGGGGCAGAUGUGAACUAUCUACCAAAGGAACAGAACAGUAUCAUGAAAGAGAAGCUAAGCAUCUUGGGUAUUGCUGUGUCAAAUGAGAAUGUGAAGAUGUGUAAACUUUUGCUUCAGACAGGAAGUGACAUUUUGGAGAAUAGUCUGAGAGGAAGAAACCUGUUAACAAUGGCUGCCAGGAAAGAGAACCUGGAGUUGGUCAAACUAUUCCUAAAACUGAAUUAUCCAUCAGAAUCUCUCCGGGUGAUGUUUCCCAUCAACUACUUGAGCUACAAAGCUGCAGACAUUUUCUUGUUGCUACUGAAGUGGGCAAUUUAUCCUGAUGUUGAUGAGUUUGAGGAAUGCUUAGCAAAACUAGAUGACUCAAUGAAUGACAUCACCAUUCAGAAGAAGAAAGCUGAGGAACUGUACUACAGUGCAUGCUCACUACGAGACAUUUGUUGUAACCGUCUAAGAGGACUGUUGGGGUUGAAUAUUCACAAAAAGCUACAGGAGUUACUGAAUGAGGGACACAUUGCCAAAGCACAUGUUGAUAUAGUGUUGUUACAAGAGUUAUAGUCUUUUAGUAGUUGUCACUUUUGUUUGAUAUCAUCAAUCAAUCAAUCAAUGUUCCUGUGCAAAUUAUUAAUUAUUUUAGAAUGUAUACAUAUCCAUAUUAAUGGGUGAUUUUAAAGAUUUGUCUGUGAUACAUAUAUUGAUUUAUUUUUAUUUUUGAUGAUAUUCAAUGUAUUUUAUAUUCAAUGUUGUAAAUUUCAUGCAUUCAAAUCAGUUGUGGUGGUUUUUUUGCCUUUUUGUUCAGUUUGUAUUAAACAGUCAAAUUGUUAUUGCUGUUCCUAAAAAGUAUAAAUCCAUAAUUAGUGACAUAAUUGUUCUAAGCAUGUAUGCAUACUGAUUAACUAAUAUCAUUCAUUUAUCACUCAUUAUGUAUACUGAUUAACUAAUAUCAUUCAUUUAUCACUCAUUAUGUAUACUGAUUAACUAAUAUCAUUCAUUGAUCACUCAUUGCACAAUAUGACAUGUGCUACAUUAAUAGGCGUGUUUUUAGUUAAUAUUAGAAUAUCAUUUUAUUCGGAAUUUAUACAUUGCAGUCAUGUGAUUUUGAAGUUCUGAUAGCCCUCGAUACUUCUGGUACAAAUAAGAUGGUACAUGAACCAGUUUUUGCAAUAUGAGUUUUCAAACACAAUAUAAUGUGCUAACUGUCGUCCUAAUGAUUUUGCAGACAGAGAGAAUGAGUGAUUUUAUGAAAUUUGUGACGGUGCGGUGUUCAUUGGUGCAGAAAAUGCAGCAAAAUUGGUGGUCAGUGGAGCUGUGAAAUUUAAACUCCAUUGUUCAUUUUUUGAAGGGCUACAGAACUAUCAAUACUUGAUUGAUAGUGCUGAAAUGUUUGAACUGGGAAUCUACCAAAUUUAAAUACAUGUAUCCCAAUGUGAUGUGUGCUAUUUUGCAAUGUAUACAAUUUCAUGACAUGUAAAUUAAAUUACAUUGAUUAAA